AUGGCAGGGCAGGAGACGAUGACAUACACUCUCCGUGUUUUCAUUCUUGCUAUUCUUCACAAUCCUGCUGUCGCCAAGGCUGCUCAAGCACAGCUCGAUUCUAUUUGCGGCUCUCAUGCUCCAUCUUUUGAAGACCGGGAACAGUUGCCCUACAUCGAGGCGCUAAUCAAGGAGACAAUGAGAUGGAGACCUGUGGCGCCCAUUGGUGUACCACACUUGGCAAGCGAGGACAUUGAGGUUCAAGGAUUCCUGGUACCAAAGGGAACACUCUUUAUCGACAAUAUCUGGUCACAGUCCCGCGACCCUGCAUUAUACCCGAAUCCCGAUCAGUUCGACCCCGCCCGUUUCCUGGAUGCCACAGGCUGCUUAGCUUCUCCGAUACCGGAUGCUCAUCAAUUAGGGUUUGGGCGCGGCCGUCGGAUUUGUCCCGGUAGAGAUUUCGCCAUCAAUGGCAUAUUCAUCGCGGCAGCGUCAUUGCUGUGGGCAUUCGAUUUCGAAUGGGCCGUGGACGUGACUGGCAAUCCAGUCAUGUGCGGAACUUUGGAAAUGGAGGAUCAUUCUGUGCUUGCUACGGUAAGACCAUUCGAGAUGAAGGUGAAGCCAAGACGCGAGGGGCUCGAUGAGAAGCUACUCGAGUUGUUAAGGGAGCGGGACGCGAAUCUUUCUGUAUGAUGUCUCUUAUCAGAUAGCCUUUGUAUGGUAGCUUUAUGGGCCUGAUACGUUCCGAAGGUCCCAUCUCUUGAACACUGGGGUUGUACUGUAACU